CCAGAGCCGGUUGUCUGUGCGCAGGAGGCGCUGCCCUACAUCGCGUUUUAUAAUGAUUGCUGCAGCGUUUUUGGUCUUAUUGAGACCGUAUAGUAUUCAAGUUGUUUUGCUAUUAUUGCUGCUAUUGCUUGGAACUAUUGCAACAAUUCUUUUUUUCUGUUGCUGGCAUCGGAGGCUUCGUAACGGGAAACAUCCCAUAAAAUCUGUGCUUUCAGGGCGCUCAAGGAGUCGCGCUGGUCUCAGGACGCAUCAUUUUCGAUCAGAGGGUUUCAGGCACAGUCCGCGCCAUGCCAGGAGGGCACGCGCUCGAGUGGCAGAGGAAAAGCCUCUUGUCGAAAUUCCCCAGAGUGAUCAUCAGAGUGACUCGUCCACAACUGUGAGGAAACGAAAAGUGAAGAAAAGAGUCCUUCCAGACUUCUAUCACUCAGUACAAGUCACCCCAACACGCAAACCCAGCUCCGGUUCUGGCAACGCUUCCCUUCACUGUUCCAUGUCUUCAUCGGCGGAUUUCUCGGACGAAGAUGAUUAUAGUCUUAAAUCUGGGUCGGUCUCACCGGCACCGGGGGACACGUUACCCUGGAACCUACCAAGACACGAGCGACAUAAGCGACAAAUUCAGGGAGGAUCCGUUUUGGAUCCAGCAGAGAGAGCUGUGCUCAGGAUUGCAGAUGAAAGAGACAGAGUGCAGAAAAAGACUUUUACAAAAUGGAUAAACCAACAUCUCCUGAAGGUCCGGAAGCAUGUUAAUGACCUGUAUGAAGACCUACGAGAUGGACAUAACCUGAUCUCACUGCUGGAGGUCCUGACUGGCCAGUCAUUGCCAAGGGAGCGUGAUUUCCUCAAGACGUUGCGGUUGCCUCGGGAGAAAGGGAGGAUGCGGUUCCACAGACUCCAGAAUGUACAGAUAGCCCUGGACUUCUUAAAGAGGCGGCAGGUCAAGCUGGUUAACAUCAGGAAUGAUGACAUCACAGACGGGAAUCCCAAAUUGACGCUGGGAUUGAUAUGGACCAUAAUUCUGCACUUUCAGAUCUCUGAGAUCCAUGUUUGCGGGGAGUCGGAGGACAUGACAGCCAAGGAGCGUCUGCUGAUGUGGUCCCAGCAGAUGACCGAGGGCUAUGUGGGCGUACGCUGUGACAACUUCACCUCCUCCUGGAGGGACGGGAGGCUUUUCAACGCUAUCAUUCACAAAUACAGGCCUGACCUGGUGGAUAUGGCCAGAGUGUCGGCCCAGACUAGCCGGUCAAACUUAGAACAGGCCUUUGGUGUGGCUGAACGGCUUGGGGUGGCCAGACUACUGGACCCUGAGGAUGUGGAUGUGCAGACUCCUGAUGAGAAGUCAGUCAUCACAUACGUCUCCACUCUGUAUGAUGUCUUCCCUAAAGUACCUGAUGGUGUUGACGGUAUCAAUGCAAAUGAUGUUGAUAUAAAAUGGGUAGAGUACCAGAACAUGGUGAAUUACCUGAGCCAGUGGCUCAAACACAAUGUGGCAGUGAUGUCAGACAGAGCGUUCCCUAACAACCCAGUGGAACUCAAGGCACUUUAUACACAGUACUUGCAGUUUAAAGAGAAUGAAAUCCCGCUGAAAGAAACCGAGAAGAGCAAAAUCAAGCAUCUUUACAAAAUGCUUGAGGUGUGGAUCGAGUUUGGUCGUAUCCAGCUUCCUCAGGGAUAUCACCCCAACGAUGUGGAGAAGGAAUGGGGCAAGCUGAUCGUGGCCAUGCUGGAGAGAGAGAAGAGCCUGAGGCCUGAGGUGGAUAGGCUUGAAAUGUUGCAGCAGAUUGCCACCAGGGUCCAGCGGGACUGUGUCAAUGGAGAGGACAAACUAGCGUUAGCAAGAGCAGCUCUGCAGUCUGAUGCUAAGAGGCUGGAGUCUGGGGUCCACUUCCAGAAUGAGGCCGAGACCGCUGGGCACCUUCUGGAAUGUGAAAACCUGCUGAGACAGCAGGUGGUAGAUAUCCAGAUUCUACUGGAUGGGAAGUACUACUACUCCGAUCAGCUUGUUCAAAGGGUAUCCAAGCUCCGUGACGACCUUCUGGGCCUGAGGGAAGAGUGUUCCUCUGUGUACAGACAAGGACGCACCCUAACCCCCCAACAGACCACGAUGAUGAUCUCAGGCAUCACUCAGAGUCUCAACUCAGGCUUCUCCUCCUCCAACCUCAACUCCAGCCUCACCCCUGGAGGCCUGGGAACCCCCGGUUCCACCUUCACCUCCAUCCUUACCCCGGGCCUCACUCCUGCCCUGAGCCCCGCCUUGACCCCCGGCGGCAUGCAGCCCGGCUCGGUGCAGGCCUACAUGGGGGGCGGAGGAAUGGGUAUGGCCCCGGGAGACCUCCAGCACCUCAAACACAUGCAGAUCCGCAAGCCCCUGUGCAAGUCCUCGCUAGUGGACCCCAACAUGACCGAGGAUGAGGUCAACAUAAACUUUGUGCAGGACUUGAUCAACUGGGUGGAGGAGAUGCAGGUGCAAUUGGAUCGUGGAGAUUGGGGAUCUGAUUUGCCAAGUGUGGAAACACAUUUAGAGAACCACAAAGGGGUUCACAGAGCCAUCGAAGAAUUUCAAAUGAGCCUUAAAGAAGCCAAACUUAGUGAGACUCAGAUGACCCAAAAACUAAGUUAUUCUGAGAAACUGGGAAAAUUGGAAACCCAGUAUGGGAAGUUACUAAACUGUUCGCGGGAGCGUCAGAAGAACCUGGAGAGCCUCCAUGACUUUGUUUCACGGGCCACCAUGGAACUCAUCUGGCUCAAUGAGAAAGAGGAGGAGGAGGUCGCUUUCGACUGGAGCGAUCUCAACGGCAACAUCUCUAAGAAGAGACAGUACCACUCUGAUCUGAUGAGAGAGUUGGAUGAAAAGGAGGAGGUGAUCAAGUCUGUACAGGACAGGGCAGAGAACCUUCUGCAGGAGAACCACCCUGCUAGGUUAACUCUUGAAGCAUACAAAGCAGCCAUGCAGACCCAGUGGAGUUGGAUCCUACAGCUCUGCUCUUGUGUGGAGCAGCACCUCAAAGACAACACAGUCUAUUUUGAGUUUUUCAAUAAUGCCAAAGAGUCCACGGAUUACCUGAAGAGCCUGCAAGGUGACAUCCAGAGAAAAUAUGGCUGUGAUCGGACAAGCAGUGUACACAAGCUGGAAGAUCACAUCCAGGAAUCCAUGGAUGAGAAGGAGCAGCUCCUCCAGUACCGCAGCACAGUGGCUGGGUUGGUGGGCAAGGCCAAGGCCAUCGUCCAGCUCAAGCCUAGGAACCCAGAUACCCCUGUCAGAUCCUCCAUACCCGUCAAAGCCAUCUGUGACUACCGACAAAUAGAGAUCACCAUCUAUAAGGAUGAUGAGUGUGUCCUGGCCAGUAACUCUCACCGGGCCAAGUGGAAGGUGAUCAGUCCGUCUGGGAACGAGGCUAUGGUUCCUUCUGUCUGCUUCACCGUGCCUCCACCCAACAAAGAGGCUGUGGACCAGGCCAGCAGAAUUGAACAGCUGUACCAGAAUGUCCUGGCUCUAUGGCACCACUCCCACAUAAAAAUGAAGAGCGUUGUCUCCUGGCACUACCUGAUGGCGGACGUCAGAGCCGUCCGCGACUGGAACGUGUCCUCAAUUAAGACCAUGUUGCCAGGCGAGCACCAGCAGGUCCUUAGCAACCUGCAAUCCCACUUUGAGGACUUCCUGGAGGACAGCAAGGAGUCGGAGGUGUUCACUGUGGCAGACUGUUCCCAGCUAGAAAGGGAGGUGCUGGCCUGCAAGGACUACUACGAGGAGCUGCUCAAGUCUGCAGAGAGAGAGGAACACGAGGAGUCUGUGUACAACCUGUAUAUCUCUGAGGUUCGUAACUUCCGCAUGCGUCUGGAGGCUCAGGAGGAGCACCUGAUCCGACAGAUCCGCACCCCACUUGACAGAGACGACCUGGAGCAGAGUGUCCUGCGCAUCACAGAGCAAGAGAAGAAGAAGGCAGAGCUGGAUCAGCUGAAAGACGAUCUGGAGACCAUGAAGGAGAAGUGUGAGACUUUCUUCAGACAGGCCGGGGCCUCUCCCGCUGUCCCCACCCUCUCCUCUGACCUCAAUGUCCUCAUCCAGAGCAUGAGCCAAGUCUACUCCAUGUCCGCCAUCUACCUAGAGAAGCUGAAGACAGUGAGCAUGGUGGUGAGGCACAGCCAAAGUGCGGAGGCUCUAGUGAAGUUUUAUGAGGCCAAACUCUCUGAGGAAGACGCCGUGAACUCUGACCUGAAAUCCAUCGACACAGUCGUCAGCACACUCAAACAAUGGCGCUCAGAGAUCGACGAACAGAGGGAGAUCUUCCAUGACCUGGAGGAUGGGCUACAGAAGGCCCGUGGUAUCAGUGAACGCAUGUUCAAGGCUCACAACGAGCGGGACUUUGACCUGGACUGGCACAAGGAGAAGGCUGACCAGCUAGAAGAAAGGUGGAGCAACGUCCACUCCCAGAUUGAGAGCAGACUUCGGGACCUGGAGGGCAUCAGUAAAUCACUGAAGUACUACAAAGACUCCUACGGCAGUCUGGAUGAGUGGGUCAGAGAGAUGGAGGCGGCUCAGCUCAAGACCCAAGAGAAGCAGCCAGAGGACAGCAAAGCGCUCGCUGAGCUGGUAAACCAACAGAAGGUCCUCGUUGCAGAAAUGGAACAAAAGCAGAGCAGAAUUGAUGAAUGCCAAAAGUACUCAGAGCAGUACUCAUCUGGUGCUAAAGAUUAUGAGCUACAGCUGUUGACCUACAGAGCCAUGGUUGACUCCCAGCACAAGUCCCCGCUCAAGAGACGGAGGAUGCAGAACUCGGCUGAUGCCAUCGUUCAGGAGUUCAUGGACCUCCGAACUCGCUACACGGCCGUAGUCACCUCCAUGACGCAGUAUGUAAAGUUUGCCAGUGAGACAUUGAAGAGAGCAGAAGGCGAAGAGAACAGGAAAGCAUCAGAAAGAACAGAGUACCUCACCUGGACAGAGAGCUUGGAGCUCCAAAAGGCAGCUGGGGAGGAGGUGAUUGGACAGCUCCAGCAGCAGAGGUCUGUUGAUGAGGAGAAGAAAGAGCAUGGUGAUAAAGUAAGCAAGCUAUUGAAUUGGAUGUCCAGUGUGAAACCGGGCCAGAACAAAGAUGGUAAAGCCAGCACAGAGGCCUCUAGUAAGCCUCAGGUUUCAAUGGAAGAGAUGGUAACACAAAAAGAGAAAAUUGCAGAAGCACUGAGGACUACACAGCUUAUGCUAAGUAAACACAGUGAUAAGAUGACCGAAGAAGAGAAGCUGGAAGCAAAGGAGCAGCUGAAAUCCCUCCAUCAAGCCUACAGUGAUCUCACCCAGCAGUGUUCUGAUCAGACACCAUCUGCCGAGCAGGAGUUUCAGACCAUUGAAGGUGUUCUCGAAGUGGGAAGUAUAGAGGUCUACUCUGUGUUUAGCUCUGUCCAGAGCGGCAUGAUCGACCAUACCACUGGGCUCAGUCUCCUGGAGGCUCAGCUCAUCACCUCUGGCCUCGUUCUGCCUCAGUUCAGGAUGUAUCUGGAGCUGGACGAAGCUUACCAUCACAACCUCAUUGACGAGGCCACCUGGAAGCAGCUCAGAGAGCUCAACGAAGCCAAUCGGAGCAUCCUGAGCCCUCCGUUCUCUUCAGAACCUCUCCCUGUGAUGGCAGCUCUUAGAGAGGGGACCGUCUCUGAGCGCCUCGCCAUAAAGGUUAUAGAGAUCCAGCUGGCUACAGGUGGGUUGAGGGUGUCCUACACAGGUGAUGUACUGACCCUGGAGAGGGCCUUUCAGUUUGGCCUGAUCCCUGCACCUCUGUAUGUCAAGCUCCUGGAGAGACAGAACACAUGUAAGGACCUGAUCAACCCCGGCACGGCAGAGAAGGUUUCGCUCACCCAGCUGGUGCAGAGGAGCGUGGUUGAUGAGGAGACUGGACUGCGACUGCUGCCGGUGAAGAAGAGCCACAAUGGGAGCAUAGAGUUGACAUCCGGAAGGGAGAUGAGUGUACUUAGGGCGGUUCAUGAGGGGUUGAUUGACAGAGAGACCACGUUGAGGCUGCUGGGUGCUCAGCUGUUUGCAGGCGGUAUCUCCGACCCCAAAACAGGCCGUAAGCUCACCGUAGAGCAAGCCCUGUCAGAGGGCUUGAUCGAUCAAGACACUGCCAGUGGGAUACUGAGCCAGCAGGCCCAAAAUGGAGGCAUAGUGAACCCUCAGAAUGGCAAAAGGCUAACGGUGGAUGAGGCUGUUCAGUGUGAUUUGAUGAGCUUUAGCAGUGCACUCUUGGUGCUGGAGAAACAGAAGGGGCUCAUGGGACUUUUAUGGCCUCACUCUGGUGAAAUCUUGACAGUUUCCACCUCUCUGCGGCAUGAAAUCAUCACCAGUCAGCUUGCAUUCAAACUGCUCGGCAAUAGACAGAAAAUAGCAUCCCUUUACAUACCAGAAUACUCAGAGGUAGUGGAUAUUAACUCUGCUACUCAAAAUGGUUUCAUUGAUGUACACACAGCAGAGGUAUUGAAAACCAUUGAAAUACCUGAUGUUUUUCCUGAUGUUGAUGACCUUAAUGACAGAUUUUCGAACUGGCUGAUGUUGAGAGAGCUUCAGAUUGGAGGAUCCCAUCGCAGUACAGAUGAUAAUGAGAUUGAUGAUGAGAACAUAAAUACCCCAUCUUCCAUCGAGGCAAAACAGUUAUUUAUCUCAUACCUCACAAUGAAUAGUUACAUGGAUCCAAAAUCAGGACAAAGGCUUUUAAUAUUCGAUGGACAGUUGACUAAAAUGGCAGAACUUUUAGUUGACAUUUCAGUAGAGACAACUGAAAACCAGGUAUACAACACUGGACCUGGCAAUGCCACUUUUGAGGACAUUUCAUUGAAAGAAGACAUUUCUGAAGAUUCAGAGAUGUCCUUUGAUAGCAAUACUGAGGAUUUUGGAUAUUUGCACAUUAACGAGGAAACAGAUGGAACAAUGAAAGACCAUCGUGCUUCAAAUUUCUUCAAGGAGGAGGAGUCAGAUUAUAAGCAAUCUGACAAUCAAGCAUUUUCUAAUAAUGUGGUAAAGGUGGUAGCACAUGAUGGAACAGAGGAAUUUCCUUCAGCUAUUGACUGUGUAAACAAUACCACACUGCCUGAUUCUGACAUUAGCAUCUAUCAAAAGAACACAAGCAGUAUAAGUCAAGCACCCAUUGGAAUAGAUGUAGAAUCCUCAGAUAAUCAAUCAAAAGAGACUUUCACUGGAAGUUCAGCCACACAAACUCCUUCCACAGACACGAGCUUGCCCUCAGGUGCACUGGAUUGCAAAAUGAUGAUAGCACACGAGUUCACAGAGAAGUUUCAUAGCUCUGUUAAGAAUACCAGACAGCAUGAUUCUGUUUUGUCUGAUGGCCCAUCACCCUUUGAAAUUGGUUUAGAAACCUCAGAUAAAGCUUUAUAUAAUCAAUCAAUAGGAGAAUCAGCCACACACGCCAUGUCGGAAAGCUCAACCCGUACUAAAUCACGCUCAGUGAGUGGCAAAGACAUUAGCUUGCUAGCACAACGCGUCACAGACGAAGCAUCUGUAGCUGUUCAUUCUGAAAAGAAUGCCAGACAACCUGAUUCUAAAGACAACGUUUUGUCUAAUAGCGCCUAUCAGAAGACCAGACACAGUACAAACCCAUCAUCAUUUGAAAUUGGUGUAGAAACUUCAGAAAUACCUUCAGAUUAUCAACCGCAAGAGACCGUCAAUGGAGUUUCAGCUUCAGGAACUGUUUUGGAAAGCUCAGCUCCUCCUAGAUUGUGCUUUGUGAAUGACACAGACAUGCGCCUGACAUCAGGUGCCAAGGAUUCUAAAAAGGUGGUGGCAAAAGGCCUCACAGAGGAAGCAUCUGUAGAGGUUAGCUCUUGUAAAAAUACCCGUACGAGCCCAGCGCUAACUGAAAUUGAUUUAGUCACCUCGGAAACUUAUUCAGAUAAUCAACCAAAAGAUACAGCCAAUGGAGUUUCAGCCACACAAACCAUUUUGGAAAGCUCAACUCCUAGAUUCUGCACAGUUGAUUCUGAAAAGACUAUCCAGCAGUCUGAUUCUGAAGCAAUUGUUUCGAAGAAGAAGAAGAUAAACAACACAAGUAUAGUACCCUUUGAAAUUGAUGUAGAAACCUCACAUAUAACUUCAGAUAAUCAACCACAAGAGGCUUUCACUUUCAAUGAAGGGUCAGCCACACAAAUCAUUUUGGAAAGGUCAACCCACCCACUAUUGUGCUCAGUGAAUGACGCAGACAGGAGUUUCCCCUCAGCUGCACCAGAUUCCAAAAGGAUUCCAGCACAAAAGGAAUAUUCUAGCUCUGAAAACAAUGCACAACAUUCCACAAUGGAGGUAGCACACGGUUUCAGAGACAAAUCACCCAUAUCUAUUGACUCUGAAAAAAAUACCAGGCAGCCUCCCUUUGAAAUGGGGUUUGUGUCUGACAGAAUCUAUCAAACCAACACAAUGAGCACAAGCCCAACACCAUUUAAAAUGGAUUCAGAAACAGAUAUUGCUUCAGAUAAUCAACCUAAAGGGACUUUCAAUGGAAGUUCAGCCACACAAACAGUACUGAAAAGCUCUACUUUGUGCUCAGGAAAAGACACAGGCCUGCCCUUGACCUCAGUUGCACAAGGUUCCCCACAACGUCCCACAUAUCCAGUGACACCUGGCUGUGAGGCUGAGAAUUUACGGCAGCAUCAAACAGACAAAAAGCUGUCGGUUUUGGUUCUUGAUGACUCUGAUGAGGAAGAAUGGAUAGAGAAUAGGGAUGGACAUGCACAGGAAGAUUUGUACGCAGAAGGAAGCAAAGAACAGAACUGCGAUUCACAGAAGGCCUUACUACCUUCAUUCACCAUUAGUCAUGGGCCUGUAUGUAGACAGAUCAUAUCACCUAUCCUGUCAGAUCAGGUAACAGAGGGACGUGUCAUCCAUGAACUUGAAACAACAUCUUCAUUAAGGGAAGAUAGUGCCUCACAUUCCCCCACUAGUCCACUGUCAGACAUUGUCCCCGGGUCUAGAAAUUCCAUCCAAAAUGACAUUUUGUCAAACAGAUCAAACUCUCUCAGUUUGAGCGAUAGUGGAGAUAGUGGAGAUAGUGGAGCACCUCAGCGCCAGACUGAGGAAUUGAGACAGACAGAGGAAGACGGUAGCAGUUCUCUGAGGAGAGACACUGAUAUGUCCUGUGAGGCGGUGGGCUUCACUCCGGGUGAUGGGCAGCUGGGAGCAGGAUACCGUGAGAUAGUGGGGGACCAGACUGUUUGUCCUGUUCAGAGUGACUCUGGCGUGUCCUGCUCAUCACAUAGUGAUCUGUUGUCUGAUGAAAGGAAAAUGGAGAACACUGUUCAGGCGCCAGCCAGCCAGCUAGUGAAGGAGUCAGACCGGAGAAUAGAUAGCUCAUCACCAAGAGAUUUGUCUGGCGAUGUAACAAGCACAGUGUCCGGAGAUGUGGGUAUCAGUGGGGAUAAAACUGUAAUAAAUGGUGAUGGAGUUUCAUUGUUUAACACUGUUGGUGGCGAAAUCGAGCCCAUAUCCUCUCAAAGCGGGCAUAGUCAUAGUAACCCCACCGUUCAGAAAAAGACUCCAUUGCAGUUGACAAACUUAUCUGAUUUAGCUAUUGUAUCCAGUGUACAUAGCAUAAAAUCAGGCAAUGACAAUAAAGACAGCUACGAUAUAGGUGAUCAAGCGCAGUUAGAAACUGCUCCCAUUAAAGAGAUAUCUAGCACAAUCACCCCUGAUCCGACACUGACUGAUAAACGCCUGCCAAAUUCAAACGCUAAUGUUGAAGCUAAAGCUAAUGACAGGGUUGAAUCAAGCAGGAGUGGUGACAGCAAACCAGGGAGACAAGAAGGCUCAUCUGAUGAUGGUCUCUCACAGAUUACUGAUCAAGCGACAUCACAGACAGGACAGACAAGUAGCAACGAUACAAGUUUGUUGUCAGCAUCAACAAUGACCCCAGGGAAUCCAUCAAAGGCAAAAGAGCCAGGUAUGAGAUCAGAUGUUAAACAAGAUGAAUGUGGUUCUGUUGAGAAUCAUCCCCAGCCGAUGGCCACUAAUGCUCAACCAGACUCUCACUCCAAUACACCCUCAACGUCAGAAAUGACCUCAGGGCAUCCGGUAAAGCCUGGCCUCGGAUCAGAACUUACAUGUAGGCAGAAUCAAUGUGGUGCUGAUGGGAAUCAUCCCCAUCUGAUGACUGUUGAUGUUCCACCAGACUCCAUGACACAUGAUAGUGUCCCACCACCUGCGUUGGCGAUCUAUACUGCUCUAAGGAAUGGUUUAGAUGAGCUGGUGAGAAUGAGAGUGGAGGGGGCAGAUGUCGAUGACUUGCAAAAGGCUGAGACCCAAGCAGUGGAGGACAUCAUCAACCUGAUACAGGACAAUCCACAGUCCCAUGGAAGAGGUUUUGAUGAGGAGACAGAUGCAGCGCCUGGGCUUAUGAUAAGUAGUAGCCCAGAUCUCCUCAGGGAUCUGUUGAAGCAGGAGCCUCUCCGUUCAGGUAAAACUAGUCCGGCGGAAGAGGAAAGGGAACCCCUCCAUGAAGAAACCCCUCCAUCUGAUGUGACCCAGAUUCAGUCUCGGCUUCUACAGGUUCUUCAAAGUGUAUCCUCAAGCCAAGACCCUGCCAUGCUCAGAGAUGUGAUAGGAACCUUGAGCAGUAUUCUGGGCGGUGCUCCUCACAAGGACAGGCCACACAACCUGGAGAUCCUCCAGGAGGAGGGCUCAUCAGAUGAGGCUGAAGGUGCCGUGGCAGAUCCCAUGGAAGCUCCUGACCUAUGUCAAUCUACAGAGGUUGAAACCAUUUCAGACACAGGCAAUGCUGAAGCAGUUCAAUCUAAAGUCAGGCAACAGUACUCCACCCAGGAUUAUCUGGAGUGUGUGGGCAGACUUCAGGAUCAUGCAGAUGUUCUAGAGGAGAUCAUGAAUGUCCUGUCAUCCCAGCAGGGCUCUCUGAGUAACAAUAUGGAGGAGCUACACAGUCAUCUGGAUGAAUCUCAGUCGUUGGAAGCACAUCUCUCUACACUGGCUGGCUUUCUGACCAGAGAUCUGGACAUAACCAAGCAGCUGUUAAAGUCUGCCAGUGAGCUUGUUCCCACGCAUAUCCACCAAGAUCUGGCUUCAGCCUUUCGAGAGUUGCAGCCAGUUUUUGCAGACGUUUGCCAGAUGUCUGCAGAAAAUAAUUAUGUUCUAAGGCAGGCUAUUGAUACAGGAAAGGCCCAGUUGAAGUCAACAUACCAGGAUCUCCUCAGUACCCUUGAUAGACUAUCAGGCUGUAUUCAUGACAACUCUGAGAUGGCCUGCAACCUCGACAUCCUGAACACAUCUGACGUGGACACAGUGAAAGACAUGAUCCAAAAGAAUAAGGGCAUGGAGACUAAUCUGUCAGGGACCCACAGACAUCUGGAGGACACUGCGUUUGACAUCCAGUACUUUAUCUCAGAGCACGCUCAGUUCUUGAGUCCGACCCAGAGCAGGCACCUCCUCAAAUCUCUCAGCGCCACCCAGAGGGCGUUUAAGGAACAGAUGGAGAGGGUGGCCAAACAGAGACGCACCCUGGAACGUCAUCUGGAGAUCAGAGAGGACGAGAGUCAGCAGAAGUACAUGGAGGAGAAACAGAAGGUGUUCUCAGACAAGCUGCAGGAGCUGUGUGACAACCUGACCAAUACAGAGAACCGUCUGAUAGGCCAUCAGCAGCAGACCAAGGGUGCAGCGAGUGUGGAAGACCUGCAGCAUGUGCAGCAAGAGCAUCAGGCCUUGCAGAAAGACAUCUUGACCAAUGGCAGUGCCUUGAAUGAAGUCAUCAGUAGCUCCAAGAAGUUCCUGGAUGAGAACCGGUCUAAGCUGAACCCAGAUCAGAUCAUUGCCAUCGAGAGCAAGCUGGAAGACGCCAAGAGCAAGGUCAAACUUAUCAACCAACGGGCCGAGGAGUCAAGGAAAGACCUGGAGAAGUCUGUGACCACUGCUAUCAAACAGGAGACUGAGAAGGAGGCAGCGGUUGAGCAGCUUGAGGAGAGCAAGAACAAGAUUGAGGGUCUGCUGGACUGGAUCAACAACAUGGGUAAUGAGAAAGUGAUGGGGGGCGAACAGACAGACCAUAUAGGCAUACAGAACGGGAACAUACCGUUGCAGUCGGAGACCUCGGCCAAGAACAUUCUGGGUGAGGAUGAUGACCCCAAUGGAAACAAUGGAAACGCUUUCCAGACUACAGACAACGACACUGAGGGACAGGCCACAGGGAAGACCCCAGAAUUGGACCUGGAAAAGCAGUAUGACAGAGUCAAGGCUCGUCACCAGGAGAUCUUAUCCCAGCAACAGGAGCUGAUCAUGGCCACCCAGUCAGCCCAGGCUCUGCUGGACCACCAGGCCCAUGCCUUGUCGCCCACGGAUAAGGACAAGCUCCAGAGGGACAUCCAGGAGCUGAAAGGACGGUACGACUCUUCCCUUACCCAGGCAGAACAACAGAUGAAGCAGAUGGUCCAGGUUCAGGAGGAGCUGAAGAAGUUCCAGGGAGACUGUGAGGAGUUUGAGGGCUGGCUGCAGCAGGCCGAGGGGGAGGUGGAGGAGCUGGGAGCCCCUGCUGGAGCUCUCAACGACCUCACAGAGAAGCUCCGGAGACAGAAGAGCUUCUCUGAGGACAUCAUCUCCCACAAGGGAGACCUGCGGUUCAUCACCAUCUCAGGACAGAAGGUGUUGGACGUGGCGAAGGCCUGCGGACGCAUGGACGCUGGUGGGAAAGAUGCCCAGCUGGAGGUGGAUACCACUGCAACCUGUGCUGCUGUGAAGGAGAAGCUGGACUCAGCUGCUGGUCGCUUCAAAGCCCUACACUCUCAGUGCAAUGAUCUUGGCAACAAUCUCAGAGACGUGGUGGACAAGUACAAGAAGUAUGAGGACUCGGCUGCUGGUCUCCUGAAGUGGCUCAACAACUCAGAGGAGGACGCCAGAAGGCAGCAGUCUGAGGCCAUCGCUGCCGACCCUCAAACACUACAGAAACAGCUGGAGGACACCAAGGGUCUGCAGGGUCAGACUGCUGGUCGUCAGACUGCUGUGGAGACACUCCGCAAAACAGCUGACUCUCUGGUCACCGCCCAGGGGGACUUGUUGACCAAUCAGGACCAUAUCCAUGAAACAGUAGAUGAUAUUGUGGAGAGGUAUGACAACCUGUCUAAGUCAGUGAGUGAUCGUAAUGAGAAGCUUCAGAUCACCCUGACCCGCUCCCUGAGUGUCCAGGAUGGCCUGGAUGAGAUGAUGAGCUGGAUGGAGGGAGUAGAGGAGAGUGUGAAGGAGAAAGGACAAGUCCCUCUGGACUCAGCAGUCAUUGGAGAUGUGCUCAGCAAAGAGGCAGCUCUGGAGCAGGACAUUUCCAGUCGCCAGAGCAGCAUCUCUGCCAUGAAGGCCAAGGUUAAGAAGUUUGUGGAGACAGCUGACCCCGCUGCAGCGGCUCUGCUGCAGUCCAAAAUGGACGCCCUGUCUCAGCGCUUCUCUGACGCCUGUGACAGGCACAAACACAAGCAGGGCCAGCUGGAGCAGCUGAAGGACAAGGUGGAGGAGUUUGAGAAGACAACGGAGAAGGUGCAGCAGUUUGUGCUCAAGCGCUCUCAGGCCCUCUCUGAAACAGGUGGACCAGGGAAAAACGUCAACGAGCUCUCGCAGCUCAUGCAGGAUACUAACACUGAGUUGGCCGAACAUGCCAAGGAUGUGGAAAUGCUGCAGAUGCUGUCAAAGGAACUGGCCAAUAUGGGUCCAGAGGGAAGCAAGGCCCAGAUUCAGAGCAAGAUGGACAAACUCUCCGACACCUUCAAUGCCUUCAAAAACACUGUGAAAGAGAAGGAGGAGGAGGUGUCUUCCUGCCAGGACCAGCUGGGAGACUUCAGGGCUGCAGCCGGAGCUCUCAGGACGUGGCUGGAGGAGACGACAGAGAAAGUCCCUGUGGUUCAGCCAACCAGCAGUGAGCAGAGUCUAGGAAAGGACCUGCAGAGAGUCAAUGCUCUAAUGGAGGAAUGGACAACCAAAGGCUCUGCUGUCCAAGAUAUAAAUAGCAAAGGAUCUGCACUAUGUAGCCUCAUCAGUGCUCUCACAUCUCCAGCCAAGACCAAGAUGUCGCAUAAGUCAGCUGUUACUAACAGUGAUGGCCCCGGAAACCAUGCCUACCUAACUAAUAAAGAGCUGAUGGUGGUACAGCAAAACAUGUCGUAUAUCAAGGAGGGCCACAAGAGUCUGGGAGAAGUGCUGAAGGGCCGGGCUACAGAGCUGUCUGUCCUGGUGCAGGAGGUGACAGAGGCCCAGAAGGAGACAGACACCAUGAUAACAUGGCUGCAGGAUAUGAAGAAGACAGCAGCAUCCUGGAACUCGGCGUCCACAGAGAAAGACACCAUGAAAACACAACUGGAGCAACAGAAGGCCUUUGAGGAAGACAUGAAACAAAAGCAAGAGCAGCUCCAGAAGCUGAGAGAGAGGCUUCUCCAUCUGAUUGAGAAACACCCAGACUCUCCUGAAGCAGCUAAAUGGAAGCAGAUGCUGUCACAGAUAGAUACUGGCUGGGCGGAUGUGAGCGGGUCGGUGGAGGACAGGAAGCAGCGUCUGGAGGAGUCCAACAGGAACCUGGACGUGUUCCAGACCACUGAGCCGCAGCUCCGCCAGUGGCUCUCAGAAAAGGAUAUGAUGCUCAGUGUCCUGGGGCCCCUCUCCAUGGACCCCAACAUGCUCAACACACAGAAGCAGCAAGUCCAGAUCCUCCUGAACGAGUUUGACAGCCGUAAGCCACAGUUUGACCAGCUUCACGAGGCUGCUGCUGCUAUCCUGAGCACAUCAGGCAAGCAGGACCCCUCCUCUGGUGGGAAGGUGGUGAAGGAUCAACUGGCCGCCGUCACCCAGAAAUGGCAGGGCCUGACUGGGCAGCUGGGCCAGAGAGCCGGCCUCAUCGACCAGGCCGUGGGGAAGUCAAGCCAGUUCCAGGAUCUGCUGAUGAGCCUGAGCCAGAGCGCCGCCUCACUGGAGACCCGGCUCAACAGCCAGCAGGCCCUUAGCAGUCAGCCUGACGUGGUGAAGAAGCAGCUGGAGGAGGCUAACACCAUCUCUGGCCAGCUGAGGGAGGAGAGGAAGAGGCUAAAAGAGGCUGAGACCCUCUGUUCUGAGCUUUCUGCCCUGGUCACGGAGGACUACCUGAAAGCAGGCCUAGACAGGCAGCUGGAGGGGGUCAACAAGCCUUUCAAACAGUUGGAGGACAAAGCAGGGAAGCGGAUCCAGCAACUGAACUCCGCAUUCGCAAGCUCCCAGCAGUUCCACCAGGCCUCCAAAGACUUCCAGGGGUGGAUGAACGGAAAGCUCCAGGAGCAGUCUAAACCCCAGGCCAUCUCGGCCCAGGUGGAGACCCUUCGGCAGAGCCUGAAAGAACAGAGUGCCCUGCAGAAGGCCCUCAGUGAACACGAGGAACCAUACAGCACCAUUGUCAGGGAGGGAGAGACCCUCCUCCAGAACACUGACGGGGCAGAGAAGCUGGCGAUGCAGGGCCAGCUGGCUACACUGCGCUCCAACUGGGACGAUGUGAAGAAGAGCUCGGCUGAGCGCCAGGAUAAGCUCCAGGGGGCGCUGCAGAGGGCCCAGAAGUAUCACGAGCACGCUGAGAAGCUCCAGUCCUGGGUCCAGGAGUGUGAAGUCAGGGAGGGCAGUGUCAGGCUCAGCGUGGACCCAGCGGAGGUGGAGAGCUCCAUCUCCCAGCUGAAGGCCAUUCAGAAGGAUGUGGACAAACACAGAGGCCUGGUGGAGCAGCUGAACACUGCAGCUGACAGCCUCCUGGAGGUGGCCAACGCAGACACGGAGGCCGUCAGGGAGGAGAAGGCGGCCAUCGGGCAGAGCGUGGACCAGGUCACGGAGGGGGUCCAGAACAAGAGAGAGUCUCUGGAGAAGAUCUCACAGAGGCUGAAAGAGUUCAACGACACCCACAAUGAGGCCAAGGGCCAGCUGGCAGGGGCUAAGAAGCAGCUAGAUGCCCACACAUCACUGGGGGUCCAGGCCUACAGCAACAAGAACCUGACCAACAUGAAGGCCCAGCAGAAGAGCCUGGAUGGAGUUAACACCCAGGUUGAGCACCUGAAGAGCCUUGCCCAGGGCCUGGUGGCUGAUGUCCCCGAGGCAGACGGGGUGACCGACCUCCUACUGCAGGCCGACAGCCUGGAGAAAGAGCACGGCUCCCUCAGCAAGGAUGUAGGGGAGACCUGCUCCACCUUGGAGGGCAAGCUGCAGGGCAUCGGGCAGUUCCAGACCAACAUCCGCGAGAUGUUCACCCGCUUCGCAGACCUAGACGACGAGCUUGACAGCAUGGCUUCUGUGGGCCGUGACCUGAUCACCCUUAAGGAGCAGCAGGGCGGUAUCAAGGGCUUUGUGGAGAAACUGCAGGAGCUGAUGGCCGACACGACUCGGGGAGGGGACAGCUGUAAGAAGAUGCUGGAGACUGAGGCCUCCCCAGACCUGCUGGGGCUGAAGAGAGACCUGGAUGGUCUGAGUAAGCAGUGUGGCAAGCUGAUGGACAGAGCUAAAGGGAGAGGGGAAGAGGUGGGGAGCACACUCACCCGUCUGGAUGAGCUUUACUCCAAGCUACAGCAGUUCACCAACAAACUGGGCGGGGCUGAGGUCAAGGAGGAAGGUCACGGGUCAGUUGGCAUGGAAACUGAUGUCAUCAACCAACAGCUGGAAGCUUUCAAGGUAUUCCAGAAAGAGGUUGAUCCACUGCAGGGCCAGUUGCAAGACAUUAACUGGCUGGGCCAAGGCUUGAUCCAGAACGCUGACAAAGGCACCAGCACCAAGGGCCUUGAACAUGACCUGGAGGAUGUCAACACACGAUGGAACACUCUCAACAAAAAGAUUGCUGAGCGGUCAGUGCAGCUGCACGAGGCCCUGUUGCAUUGUGGGAGAUUCCAGGAUGCCCUGGAGUCCCUACUCAGCUGGCUGACGGACACAGAGGACCUGGUGUCCAAUCAGAAACCUCCGUCUGCCGAGUUCAAAGUUGUCAAGGCACAGAUCCAGGAGCAGAUACUCCUCCAGAGGCUGCUGGAUGACCGCAGACCCACGGUGGAGCUGAUUAAGAAGGAGGGAGGGAAGGUUGCGGAGCUGGGAGCAGAGUCCGUGGACAAGGAGAAGGUGGGCAAGGAGAUUGAGUGCCUGGGGCAGAGGUGGGACGCUCUGCUGAAGAAGGCUGAGAACAGGCACAAACAGCUGAAGAGCAUUCUGGUUGUGGCUCAGCAGUUCCAUGAGACACUGGAGCCGCUGUCUGAGUGGCUCUCUGCCACAGAGAAACACUUGGCCAAAGCUGAACCUAUUGGCACACAGACCUCCAAGCUGGAAGAGCAGAUCUCCCAGCACAAGGUAUUAGAGGAGGAGAUAACGGGUCACUGUAAAGACCUGGUUCAGGCCGUCAACCUGGGUCAGAUGCUGAAGCUAGUCAGCUCAGUGGACGAUAAGGAGCUGGUGCAGUCUAAGCUGGACUCCAGCCAGGCUAGUUAUGUAGAGCUGCAGGAGCGUUGUAGGAGGAAGGCUGAGAUGCUGCAGCAGGCUCUGGCCAACGCCCAGCUCUUUGGAGAAGACGAGGUGGCCCUCAUGAACUGGCUCAACGAAGUACACACUAGGCUGAGCGAAGUGUCCGUCAAAGACUACAAGACGGACGUGCUGGAAAAGCAGUGUGCAGAACAGCUGGCCCUACAUGAAGACAUUGAGUUGAGGAAGCAGAAUGUUGAUCAAGCCAUUUCUAAUGGAUUGGAACUGCUGAAACAAACAACAGGUGAUGAGGUGGUUGUCAUCCAAGGCAAGUUGGACGGGAUAAAGACGAGAUACGCUGAGAUCAACUCCAUGAGUGGUAACGUGUCUCAGACCCUGAACCAGGCCCUGACCCUGGCCUCCAAGCUUCAGCACACACAUGAUGACCUCAGCUCCUGGCUGGAGAAUGUCGAGGCUGAGCUCACCGCCUUCGCUGCUCAGGCGCCUGUAGGAGAGCAGCUCGUUCAGGCACAAGACAGGCAUAAGGCAUUGCUGAAAGAGGCCAGGGAUCACAAGCCCCAGGUGGACAAACUCAACGAGGUGAGCAGCUCUCUACUGGAGCUGGUCCCUUGGAGGGCUCGGGAGGGCCUGGACAAGAUAGUGACAGAGGACAACGAUCGCUACAAGGCCACCAGCGACACCAUCGCACAUCACGCGGAGCAGAUAGACGCCGCUAUACUGAAAUCACAGCAGUUUGAACAAGCAGCUGACACUGAGCUAGCCUGGCUUACUGAAGCAGAGAGGAAGAUGUUGUCAUUGGGGGAGAUCAGGCUGGAACAGGACCAGACCACUGUCCAGCUCCAGUCCCAGAAGGGCUUCUCUAUGGACAUCAUGAGACACAAGGAUGCCGUGGAUGGAAUUGUGAAAACAGGCGAGGCCAUCAUGAACAGCAAGGACAAGGAGGAAAAGCAAGCCUUGAAGGCCAAGAUCCAGGCCCUCCUGGAGAAGUAUGUUGUUGUCAGUCAGCUGAACUCGGAGCGCUGCCUGCAGCUGGAGCGAGCCCAGUCUCUGGCUGGCCAGUUCUGGGAGACUUACGAGGAGCUGUGGCCCUGGCUCCAGGAGACCCGCACCAGUUUCAGCCAGCUCCCAUUGGUGUCCAUCGAGUACGAAGCUCUCCGACAGCAGCAGGAGGAGCUCAGGCAAAUGCGAGAGCUGAUUGCUGAGCACAAGCCCUACAUCGACAAGAUGAACAAGACAGGUCCCCAGCUACUGGAGCUGAGUCCUGUGGCGGGGGUCGCUAUCAGGGAGAAGUACACAGCCACAGACCUGCUGUACGCCCAGCUCAAGGCUGACGUCAAACAGAGGGCCUUCACUCUGGAUGAGGCCAUCUCCAAAUCCACACAGUUCCAUGACAAGAUCGAGCCCAUGCUAGAGUCCCUGGAACGGAUCGCUGAGCGCCUGCGUCAGCCUCCCUCCAUUUCUGUGGAGGUGGAGAAGAUCAGGGAGCAGAUCACAGAGAACAAGGUUGUGUCUGCGGACCUGGAGAAACUGCAGCCGUCCUACGACACGCUCAAGCAGCGCGGCGAAGAGAUGAUUGCUCGCUCAGCGGGAGCUGACAAGGACAUAUCUGCUAAAGCUGUGCAAGACAAGCUGGAUCAGAUGGUGUUCACCUGGAAUGAGAUCCAUGCCCUGAUGGAGGAGAGGGAGGCCAAGCUGCUGGAUGUCAUGGACCUGGCAGACAAGUUCUGGUGUGACCACUGUGCCCUCAUCGUUACCAUCAAGGACACCCAGGACCUGCUGAGGGAGCUGGAGGAGCCUGGAGUCGACCCUUCUGUGGUGAAACAGCAGCAGGAGUAUCUGGAGAGCUUCAAGGAGGAGAUUGACGGCCUACAGGAGGAGCUUGAUGUGGUGCGGAACCUGGGGGCGGAGCUUAUGGCUGCUUGUGGUGAACCAGAUAAGCCAGUCACAAAGAAGAGUAUUGAUGAGGUGAACUUGGCGUGGGAGACUCUGAACAAGGCAUGGAAGGAGAGAGUGGACAGACUGGACGAGGCCAUGCAAGCUGCUGUACAGUUCCAGGAUGGCCUGCAGGGUAUGUUUGACUGGGUGGACAUUGUGGAGCACAAACUGGGUUCUAUGUCACCUGUGGGCACAGACCUGGACACUGUCAAGCAACAGAUAGAAGAACUCAAGGAGUUCAAAGGUGAGGCGUAUCAGCUGCAGAUGGAGAUGGAGCGACUGAACCACCAGGCGGGCCUGCUGCUGAAGAAGGUGACGGAGGAGUACGACCGUUGUGCCAUCCAGGAGCCCAUGACCGAGCUCAAAAUGCUCUGGGACAACCUGGAUGAAAAGAUCAUCAACAGACAGCACAAACUGGAAGGAGCUCUAUUGGCUCUGGGGCAGUUCCAGCAUGCGCUGGACGAGCUUCUGGCCUGGAUGAGCAACACUGAAGAGCUGCUCAACGAACAGAGGAAGGCUGUAGGAGACCCCAAGGCCAUUGAGAUCAAACUCGCCAAGCACCACGUCCUCCAGAAUGAUGUAUUGGCCCAUAAGACGACGGUGGAGGCGGUCAACAAGGCCGGUACUGACCUGGUGGAGUCCACCUCUGGGGAGGAAGCCGCCGGCCUGCAGAACAAACUGGAGAACCUCACCCAGCGCUGGAAGAACAUCCUGGAGAAGACAGAGCAGAGGAGGCAGCAACUGGACAGUGCUCUACUUCAGGCCCAAGGUUUCCAUGGCGAGAUGGAAGACAUGCAGCAGUGGCUGAAAGACACAGAGCGUCAGCUGUUAGCAUCAAAGGCUGUGGGAGGCUUACCAGACACGGCCCGCGAGCAGCUUAACGCCCAUCUGGAGUUAUGUUCCACAAUGGAGGCCAAGGAGGAGCUGUACCAGCAGCUGAUGAACAAAGGUCAGCAGCUGCUCACCAUGACCCCCUCCGGCCAGGACAGCAACACAGAGCAGGACCUCCGUAACCUACAGGACAAGUGGGAGUCUGUGCAGGCCAAGGUGGCUGAGAGAAAGGUGAAACUGGAAGAGGCUUUGGCUCUGGCCACAGAGUUCCAUAACUCUCUGCAGGACUUCAUCAGCUGGUUGACCCAAGCUGAACAGACUCUCACAAUGUCCUCUCCCGCCUCCGUCAUCCUGGAAACCAUCCUGUUUCAGAUAGAUGAGCACAAGGUCUUUGUGACAGAGGUCAACUCCCACAGGCAGCAGAUCAUUGAGCUGGAUAAGACUGGGACACACCUGAAGUACUUCAGCCAGAAGCAGGACGUGGUACUGAUCAAGAACCUGCUGAUAAGUGUACAGGGCCGCUGGGAGAAGGUGGUGCAGAGGUCUGUGGAGAGGGGCCGUCUGCUGGACGACACCAGGAAGAGGGCCAAACAGUUCCACGAAACCUGGAACAAGCUGACAGAAUGGUUGGACGAUUCGGAGAAGGCUUUGGACUCUGAGCUGGAAAUCGCCAACGAUCCUGACAAGAUCAAGACGCAGCUGGCCCAGCACAAGGAGUUCCAGAAGGUGCUGGGGAGCAAGCACUCAGUGUAUGACACCACCAGUCGUACUGGACGUGCCCUGAAGGAUAAGACGUCACUGCAGGAUGACAACCAGAAGCUGGACGACAUGCUGAGUGAACUGAGGGACAAGUGGGACACUGUCUGUGGCAAGUCAGUCGAGAGGCAGAACAAACUGGAAGAGGCGUUGCUGUUCUCUGGUCAGUUUACUGAUGCCCUGCAGGCCCUGAUUGACUGGCUGUACAGAGUGGAGCCUCAGCUGGCCGAGGACCAGCCAGUACAUGGAGAUAUAGACCUUGUGCUCAAUCUCAUCGACAGUCACAAGGUGUUCCAGAAGGAGUUGGGUAAGCGGACGGGGAGCGUUGCUGCCCUGAAGCGUUCGGCUAAGGACCUGAUUGAGAGCAGCCAUGAAGACUCCUCCUGGGUCAAAGCUCAGAUGCAGGAGCUGAGCGCUCGCUGGGAGACAGUUUGCGCUCGCUCAGUAUCUAAACAGACCCGGCUGGAACAGGCACUGAGUCAGGCUGAGGAGUUCCACUCUACAGUCCAUAUGCUGCUGGAGUGGCUGGCCGAGGCCGAGCAGAGCCUGCGUUUCCAUGGCACCCUGCCCGACGACGAGGAGGCCCUCGGGGCUCUUAUCGAGCAGCACAAGGAGUUCAUGAAGAAACAGGAGGAGAAGAGAGUGGGCCUGAACAAAGCCACCAGUAUGGGGGAGGCUAUCUUGACCAUCUGCCACCCAGACUCUAUCACCACCAUCAAACACUGGAACACCAUCAUUAAAGCCCGGUUCGAGGAGGUCCAGGCGUGGGCGCGACAGCACCAGCAGCGCCUGGCCAUGGCCCUCGGUGAUCUGCUGGCCACUAAGGAGCUGCUGGAGGGUCUUUUGGGCUGGCUGCAGUGGGCUGAGACCACACUCAAUGACAAGGACAAGGAGGUCAUCCCUCAAGAGAUAGACGAGGUCAAAGCCCUCAUCGCUGAACACCAGACAUUCAUGGAGGAAAUGACCCGGAAGCAACCAGAUGUUGACAAGGUCACGAAGACACACAAGAGAAAGGCUGUGGUCGGGAGCGAGCCUGCCAACCAGUCCCAUAUCCCUGUCCUGGAGAAAGGAAGAGGUGGAAGAAAGCGUUCUCCCACACAAGCCAUGUACCCAUCUUCACAGCCUCCCAUAGAGACCAAGAACCCCAGGGUCAACCUGUUGGUCAGCAAGUGGCAGCAGGUGUGGCUACUGGCCCUGGACAGGAGGAGGAAACUCAACGAUGCCAUGGACAGACUUGAGGAGCUGAAGGAAUUUGCCAACUUCGACUUUGAUGUGUGGCGAAAGCGCUACAUGCGAUGGAUGAACCAUAAGAAGUCGCGUGUCAUGGACUUCUUCAGACGCAUUGACAAGGACCAGGAUGGAAAGGUCACCAGACAGGAAUUCAUAGAAGGCAUCCUCUCCUCCAAAUUCCCCACCAGUCGGCUGGAGAUGAGUGCGGUGGCAGACAUAUUUGACCGGGAUGGUGACGGCUAUAUUGACUACUAUGAGUUUGUGGCUGCCCUUCACCCCAACAAAGAGGCAUACAAACCCCUCACAGAUGCAGACAAAAUUGAAGAUGAGGUUACACGCCAAGUGGCAAAAUGCAAGUGUCCUAAACGAUUCCAAGUUGAGCAAAUUGGUGCCAACAAAUACAGGUUCUACCUUGGAAAUCAGUUUGGUCUGGUUCACUGCUUACAUGACGAUGAGAUUAUAACAAGCAGGGACAGUCAAAAUCUAACACCCCACCUACACGUUGCGGUUUUGGAAAGCUGUAUUCUGUUCGGAGACUCCCAGCAGCUGCGUCUGGUACGGAUCCUACGGAGUACUGUGAUGGUGCGUGUGGGUGGAGGCUGGAUGGCUCUGGAUGAGUUCCUGGUAAAGAACGAUCCGUGUCGAGUUCAUCACCACGGGAGUAAAAUGUUGCGCUCGGAAUCAAACUCUUCAAUAACUCAGUCUCCUAUAGGUUGGCAACAAAUCUCACACUUUCUCACCUUGCUCCAUGAACCCCCUAGUGCCAAAGGAAGGACAAACAUGGAGCUGCGAGAAAAGUUCAUUCUCCCAGAAGGCACAACUCAGGUGAUGGCCAGCUUCCGGUAUAGAGGUCGUAGGUCGCGGCCGUCGUCACGAGCUGCCUCUCCCAACCGGUCAAACUCUAACCAUAGCUGUCCAGCCCAGCAUAAUAACCCAGCCUUGACCAGCACACCCAAGACUCCCCAACACAUAACCCGCAAUUAUGAUAAGCCCUGGCUGACAAACAGCAAACCCUCCAGUCCUCUAAAAUCAUCAGACUCCUUUGAGAGCCAAGGUUCAUCCUCCGAGAGCAUCCCGAUACAGGGAAGCAAACUGCGGCUCCCUGGAUACUUGUCAGGAAAAGGGUUCCAGUCGGGAGAAGAGCAGGGAACCCUGAUCAAUGCUGCUGUGAUGAAAGCACGGGGGCAGGCAAUAGGCUUUGAAUCGAGAAGACCCGGCAGCCGACCUGGAAGUAAAGCAGGUAGCCGAGGCAGCAGCCGGAGAGGAAGCGAUGCUUCAGACUUUGACAUCUCCGAUAUCGCAUCGGUGUGCUCCGAAACGUCAGAGAUGGUGGGUGACACCAGUCGGGCCACACCCCGCUCAUCGUCACGUCAACACGGAGGCAAACCCUCCAAAAUCCCCACUCCUCAAAGGAGGUUGACCCCCAGCAAACUGGCCAAGACCUCCAAGAGAUAGUCAUUGGCCUUGAGACAACUAUGGGAGCCCCGUUGGCCCAAAGUGGCCCUCCUGGUUCCACAAGACAUAUGGAGACUGGAGACACUAGAACUGACACAAGAGACUGGUGUAUGUGUUAAUUAUUUAAAGUGUUGCGAAGAUGUUAAAUAUUCUGUUGAGAGAAAAAAUGGUUUAAUAUUAAGUGUGAAUGGAAUGUCAAUGGCCUUGUGUAUUUGUCUUAAUGUAUUUUAUUUUAUGUGAAUAAUGUCAAAUUAUUAUGAUCAUUUUAUUUUAUUGACGCUAAAACCUGAAGAGGUACAAAAAACUGAAAGAGAAAAAAAAACAUGGAAAAGAUUACAUUGUAUGGUCGUUCUAACACUUUUACACACUAAUGAAUGUGUGCUCUGAGAGAGAUACUGAAUGUACUGUCAUUUCUGUAUGCUGACAUGCGUGUGACAAACGGUGUAUCGCGCUACUCUGUGGGACACCAAUGAUCUAUUAUCUAUUUAAAGUGCAAUGAUGUACUGCCAAAAUAUGCAUUUAAAGGGCAAUACAAUAUACGUGUAGCCUACCACAUAGUAAACGCUGCAAAUAAUGAUGUUCUGACAGAGAAGACUGUUGAAGGCAAGUUCACGCAGAAACCCCUCAAUAUCCAGGCUUUAAAAUACUUCAACUUUCCUUAGCACCUGCAGGUAAUAUUGUUUUGUUUGGUCAACUUACAGCGAUGUGUGUCAUUUUACCUUGAAGAGGGGCCUCCCGGCGCCCUGAGUAGACAUCCUUUAGUGCAUCAUCAUGUCAGUGUAUGGUUCAUUUAGCUGGAGUGGAAAGGAUUACUGUAACCUUUUUGUAAUAAAUUUGCUUGCAGAAAGCUACCAUGGGAUACUGA